AUGAUCGAUUACAUCGGCGUCCAGCCCGCGGGAUGGCUUAAAGUUGUACUGAAAUUGGAAGUUAAUUGUGAAAGAACAAAACAAAAAGCUAUGUCAACAGUCUGUUGUCUAUCAGGAGUCCAGUCGGUGGACGUGAAGGAAGGUAAAUUAACGGUGAUCGGUGAGAUUGAUGCUUUUAUAAUUGUGAAGAAAUUGAAGAAGAUAUGUUAUACCGAGAUUAUCACAGUUGGACCGGCUAAAGAACCGGAGAAGAAGAACCCUGAGCCGGAGCCGAAACCACCACCACCAGUAAUUUGUCAAUAUAUUCCCCCAUGUCCUCCACCUUACUAUCAUAAUUUCAACGGAUGUGGCGAUGAAAAUCUACAUGGUUGUGUUAUCUCAUAA